AUGCCUGGUUCCGUCACCCCUCCAUCGCCGUCGCCAUCACCGCCUUUAGACCCGGUGGCAGCCAUCGGCGAGGGCGGUCUGGCCCCGCUUCCCACUCUCAAGAUCAAGGGCAACACACCCAUCACGUUUGACGGCCAGCUAUCGCGCACGCUACAGUACCACGAGGAUGUGAGGACGGGAUGUGGCGGGCAGACGUGGCCUGCCGGCAUGGUCCUGGGAAAGCACAUGCUGCGAUAUCACCGGGAAGAGUUGCAGAAUGCAAGAAUCCUCGAGAUCGGUGCUGGUGGCGGUCUUGUCGGUCUAGGAGUCGCGCUCGAAUGCGACGGCAUGCAGAGCAGACUUCUGCUAACAGAUCAGGCGGAGAUGCUUGAACUCAUGGAGCACAACAUCCGACUCAACGACGUGGAGCACCGUGCAGAGGCCCUCAUCCUCAACUGGGGCGAAGCACUUCCUGAACAAGUCGUACAAGUCAGACCGAACGUCAUCAUCGCAGCCGAGUGCGUCUACUUCGAGCCGGCCUUUCCGCUGCUGCUGCAGACGCUCAAGGACCUGCUGGCCCUCAACGACGAGGCCGUCGUCUACUUCUGCUUCAAGAAGCGUCGCCGUGCCGACAUGCGCUUCGUCAAGAUGGCGCGCAAGGCCUUUGUCGUGGACGAGCUGGCGGACGAGGACAGACCAGUCUUUGAGCGUCAGGGGCUGUUUCUCUUUUCUUUGAGGAGCCGGAACGGCCGCAAGGCAGGCAGCAAGGCGAAGGAGGAGAGUUCGCAUACGGAAAAGCAUACGCCGCACGAGUAA